UUUAUUAUUUUCAAAUACCUUGAACAUAUGGAAGAAGGAAACCAGACUACUGUAAGCGAGUUUAUCUUUUUAGGCAUUACCAACGAUCCAAACUUGCAAAUAUUCCUUUUCAUUUUCUUCUCAUUGAUAUAUAUUGUUACUGCUUUUGGCAAUAUCGGCACCAUGGUUAUAAUCAUGGUAAUUUCUGACUUGCAAAGCCCAAUGUAUUUCUUUCUUAGUAACUUGUCUGCCUGUGAUCUCUGUUAUUCUUCUGUUGUCACCCCAAAAUUGCUGCACGAUAUGUUUUUGCAGAAUAAAUCCAUUUCUUUUAUUGGAUGUGCACUUCAACUGUUUUUUUUUGUAUUAUUUGCUUGCACUGAAGUUUACAUAUUGUCGGCAAUGGCAUAUGAUCGCUAUGAAGCCAUAUGUCACCCUCUUCUAUAUAUAGUAAUAAUGAACAGGACUAGGUGUAUAUUUCUUGUUACUGCUUUAUAUGCUGGUGGAUUUCUCACUGCAGCAAUUCACACCUCUACUACUAUAACUUUGCAUUACUGUGGACCUAAUAUAAUCAAACACUUUUAUUGUGAUACCCCUCCUCUAAUGGAUCUCGCUUGUUCAGAUCCAUAUAUCAACAAGACCAUUAUUUUUGUUGUUGAUUUAGUCCUAGGGUUUGUUUCAGUUAUGGUUAUCUUGGCUUCCUAUACUUACAUUUUUUUUACAAUUAUCAAGAUUCAAUCCAUUGAAGGCAGACGAAAAGCUUUUCUGACUUGCACUUCCCACCUUUCGUGUGUUUUCUUGUUUUAUGGGACAGUUUUCUUCAUAUACCUUUCUCCAGCCUCCAGUCAUUCUGAUUCGCAAAACAAGGUGGUCUCUGUUUUCUAUACAAUGGUAAUACCAAUGGUAAACCCAACCAUCUACAGCUUACGGAACACUGACGUAAAUGUUACUGUUGGAGCUUACAUUAAUAAACUAUUCUCUUAA